AUGAUAUUCAAGAACUCUUUGACUCGAUAUCUGUUGCCAAUACCAACUCAAAAUUUACCGAUUAAUUCAGUAAUUGCAAUGAGACAUAAGAUCGACCGUUUUGAUUCUGGAACUUAUUAUGCUGAGGGUGACACUUCUUCCGAUUCCGAUACCAAUCCUGAUACUAAUACUGAACCCGAACCUAAAUCUCAGCCCAAGAAUAACAAUCUUUCGAAGGAAGUGCAUUAUAAUCCUUUUGAUGCCCAAAUCGCGGAAAUAGAUUCUAUGUUAGCAGAAAUGCGAAGUUAG